AUGCUAGUGGGUAGCAUGGUGGUGGCUGGCUCUCGGGCAUGGGAGCCACAGGCAGCAGUGGAAGGGAUCAUUUUCAAGUGCUGGCGGAGAAGGCAUGCUGGCAGGUGCCAGUGGCAGCAUUGGUCGGAUGGCAGCAGUGGAAGCGGAUCAUCAAGUGGCGGAAAAGCAAUUGAUGCGCAUGGGAGCCACAGCGGCAGCAGUGGAAGCGCAUCAUCAAGUGCUGUCGGAAAAGGCAUUGGGGGCGAUGCUAGUGGUAGCAUUGGGGGCGGUAUUGGUGGUGGCUCUGGGCAUGGGAGCCACAGCGGCAGCAGUGGAAGCGCAUCAUCAAGUGCUGGCGGAAAAGGCAUUGGGGGCGAUGCUAGUGGUAGCAUUGGGGGCGGUAUUGGUAGUGGCUACGGGCAUGAGAACCAUAGCGGAAGCGGUGAAAGCGGAUUAUUAAGUGGCGGCGGAAAAGGCAUUGGGGGUGGUGUUGGUGGUGGCUACGGUUUUGGUAUUGGCGGUGACAGCAACAGCGGAAGCGGUAAUAGUGGAUCCUCCAAUGGCGGUGGAAAAGGUAUUGAAGGUGAACGGUAUGGAAGUGAUGUUGGUAGCAAGGAUAUCGAGCAGCAAGAAGGCAAAGGAAUAAAAGGACCAGGGUCAUUUGCCAAAGCAAGUGCUGAAGCAUCCGCAGCUGCAAGUGCCAGAAGCUACGGG